GAAAGCAGGUGGUGUGGAAGGCCAUUACUGUUUGAUGGGCCUUGUGUUUGAGAUGUUUAUAUGACGUUACUGGUGAAGGAAGGCCCAAUCCGAGUUGUACGAAAGUACUAGCCGAGACGAAACUCACUUUCUUUGUGGGCGUGCCAAAUGCAAAUGCAAAUGCAACAAACGCAGCAGCAGGCCACGACGGCACCCAUCUCAACCUCCACUCCUCCUCCCUCCUCCGGUGGCUCCGCUUCCGAAGCACCGCCGAAGCAGGUGGCUCAAGCAAUGGACAAGCUAGGACAGGCCGAACGAAUCAUCGCCGACAUCCGAAUCGGCGCCGACCGCCUCCUCGAAGCGCUAUUCGUCGCGGCAGCGCAGCCUCACCAAGGCAACAAGCCUCUCCAAAUGUUCCUCAAGGAAGACGCCUGCAUGCGUCAGUAUCUUCAAGACCUUCGAUCGCUUGGUAAGGAGUUGGAAGAAUCUGGAGUUCUCAGUGAAUCACUUCGAUCGAGGAAAGACUUUUGGGGCUUGCAUAUGCCGCUAGUUUGUCCAGAUGGCGCUGUGGUUGCGUAUGCGUGGAAACGACAGCUUGCGGGUCAAGCUGGCGCUUCUGCCGUCGACAGGACUAGGUUGGCUCUGAAAGCCUUCACUGAUCAGAAAAGGCGUUUUUUCCCACAUCUUGAUGAUGGACUUGAAGCUAGUGACUCGGCUUCAAAGAAAUGUUGUGUGUCUGAAGAAAUUACAGUGGAUCCGAAGGAAGAAAUUAGGUUUUUAAGGACGCUACCUGAUGUUCUGAAGUCUGUAGAGAAGGAUGUGCCAAGUCUGAAAAUUUUAACUUUUGAACGAUUGGACUGGUUAAAAAGAGCUUCCACACUUAGCUCAUCGGCAAAUGAGAGUUCUCUAGAACAUAACUAUCACGGUUCUAAUAAGUUAAGGCUAGGAUCAGUUGGAACUGUUGCUGAAGAGAAGGUUGCGGUGAUAGAAAUGUUAUUCCCAUCUAUCUUCAGAGCUGUUGUAUCCUUGCAUCCUGCUGGUUCCACGGAUCCCGAUGCUGUAGCUUUCUUUUCUCCACAUGAGAGUGGAAGCUACGUGCAUGCAAGGGGUUUUUCAGUUCAUCAUGUGUUUAGACAUAUUACGGAGUAUGCUGCGACUGCUCUGCAGUACUUUCUUGGGAAUCAGACUGAAACCGGUUUAUAUUGUCUUUUGCAUUGGAUUUGCAGCUACCAGACUCUGUUUUCAAAACCAUGCAGCAAAUGUUCACGGCUACUUGCAAUGGAUAAAAAAUCAACUCUACUGUUACCUCCAGUCCAUCGACCUUAUUGGCAGUUUUCCUUUUCAAAAAUUUUAAGCGUAUCCUCAAAAGACCAGAAUUCUGAUACUAGGACUUAUCAUAUUGGCUGCCUUUCUGAGGAAGUAUAACUGGAUCUCCCUAUGACUCAGGUAAACUAAGUGCUCAAUUCUAUGUGGAUCUACCAGGAGCUAGAGUUUCCAUCUCAUUGUUGUGGGCAUGAAUUGGAAGAUAUGAGUUGGUGAAGAGUUUUCUUUACAAUUGGUCUAUAUAUUUCAUCUCUUGCAUUGCAUCUUCUGGAAAUUAUCGAGUAUGGCUUCUUAUGUAAGCCUCAUAAAAGUGGUCGGAUCUAUUGAUUCUCAUAAGAUAUAUCUCAGAUCACGUUUUUUGAGAUUUGUUCUUUGGACACCUGGAAGUUCUCACUGAUCAUUGCUUCAAGGAAAAGGUACAAAGAUAUGAUCUGUGUUUGCUAGAUGAAAGUGCCAUCCGAUUUAGUACGAUGCUGACUACUCAAGUACCUUCUCCUUCCAAAUAGUGGAAAAUUGCUGGGCAAUUGAGAAUCUGUGGUUGAGCCACCUGUACAUGGUCCUAUGAAUGUAAGUGUUCUGAGGGAGGAUGAUGUAACCAUAGCAAAACAGUUUAUUGACUGGACAACAAAGCUAAAAUUUUCGAAUUGACAAGUUGUGUCAUUGCAGGAACUGAAUCGGUCCUGAGUAUUUUACUAAGCGUUGUGACGGCUUAGCGUUCCCUGCAUCUUUUUUAAUUUUCAAUUAAACUUAA